GGGGGGGGGCGCUCUAGUAUGAGUAAGGAAACUGUGGAUUAAAUGGAGACUUUUCAACGGAGAACUUGUUGGGGGACAGCUCUGAUCGUCUUGCUGCUUCCAAUUUCGGGUAUUUGGUGCUUCUCUGAGCUCUUUUUCACAAGGGAGCCCCAAGAUGUCAUUGUGUUGCGGAAAGACCCUGUGGUUCUUGAUUGCCAGGCUCGCGGAGAACUCCCAAUUACCAUUGUGUGGAUGAAGAACAGCCUGAAAUUAGUUGAUAAUGAGCGGAUAUACAUCUUAUCAAAUGGAUCUCUUUACAUCACUGAGGUUGAACAUCGUAAAGGAGAGCGAUCAGAUGAAGGCUACUAUGAAUGUUUGGCUCAAAACAAAUAUGGGGCCAUUUUGAGUCAGAAAUCCCAUCUGUCGGUGGCCAGUAUGUCUCCAUUUGAAGUUCAGCCAGCCCAUACAGUGGUCAAUGAAGGUGAAGUAGCCAGGUUUAUCUGCAAAAUACAUGCAAAUCCUCCACCAAUCAUAACCUGGGAAUUCAACCGUACAUCACUGCCGCUUGCUACUGACAGAAUAACUGCUCUGCCAACUGGGGUUCUUCAAAUUUAUGGUGUUGAAGCACGGCAUGCUGGACAAUACCGCUGUGUCGCAACCAAUGUUGCGAAUAGGCGAAGAAGCAUGGAAGCCAUUUUAACUGUUAUUCCAGUAGCUUGGAAGCCAAAAACAUUGCAGAAGCCAGUGAUUGUAGCAGGUCCCCAAAAUCUCUCAGUACCUGUGCAUCACACUGCCAUGCUGGAAUGUGUAGCCAUUGGUUCACCAAAGCCUCUUGUUUCCUGGAGUCGGUUAGAUCACCAAUCUAUUGAUGUCUUCAAUACGCGAGUUCUGGGGAAUGGGAAUUUGAUGAUAUCUGAUGUGAAGGUGGAGCAUGCUGGAAUAUAUGUUUGUCGGGCCACCACACCGGGCACGCGCAAUUACACUGUAGCCACAGCGAUGCUUACUGUAUUGGCCCCACCUUCCUUUGUUGAGUGGCCUGAAAGCCUGACACGGCCACGUGCUGGUACAGCCAGGUUUAUGUGUCAGGCAGAAGGUAUUCCUACACCUAAAAUUAGCUGGCUGAAGAAUGGACAAAGGAUUCACUCCAAUGGACGCAUCAAAGUCCAGUAUAGCAGCAAAUUGGUGAUAAACCAGAUCAUUCCAGAAGAUGAUGCAAUUUACCAGUGUGUGGCUGAAAAUCAACAAGGAUCUGUUCUUUCAGUGGCUAGGCUGAUUGUUAUUAUGUCUGAGGACAGGCCUAGUGCACCGAGAAAUAUCCAGGCUGAAACUGUGUCCAGUUCAGGGAUUCUCCUGUCUUGGGAAAGACCCAUGUACAAUUCUGAUAAAGUAAUUGCGUACUCGGUCCAUUACAUGAAAGCUGAAGGUUUAAAUAAUGAAGAAUAUCAGGUGGUUAUUGGGAAUGACACAACUCGUUACAUUAUUGAUGAUUUAGAACCAGCCAGCAAUUAUACAUUUUAUAUUGUGGCAUACAUGCCCAUGGGAGCUAGUCGAAUGUCGGAGCAUGUUAUUCAGCGCACUUUGGAAGACGUGCCUUUGAGAGUGCCAGAAAUCAGCUUGACCAGUCGCAGCCCAACCAACAUCCUGAUUUCAUGGCUUCCCAUUCCAGUCAAAUUCAGAAGAGGGCGUAUUAUUGCAUAUCGCAUUUAUUACCGUAAAAGCACAGAAAGUGCUGUCCACCUUGUGGAGCUUCCAGGAACCAUAUCAGAACAUCUACUUGAAGAUGUGGAGCCUGACAAUACCUAUCUUGUACGCAUUUCUGCAGCGACCAGGGUGGGGUGGGGUGAAUCUUCAAUCUGGACAUCCCACAGAACCCCAAAAGCUACGAGUGUGAAAGUCCCCUUGGCCCCAGAGCUGCGAUUAGAGCCGUUGAACUGUACAACUAUUACAGUAAGCUGGAGGCAAGCCAAGGAGAAUAGUGUGCACAUCCAGGGAUACAGACUGUUUUACAGGGAGGAAAGUCAACAGGAAACUGGGCCCAUUGCACUUGGCAUACAAGAUUCUCAUUACACCAUCAGUGGACUAGAUCCUCGCAGAAAAUAUCAUAUGCGUUUGCUGGCAUACAACUAUAUGGGUGAAGGCUACCAGGCAGACCAAACUGUAAGCACCCCAGGAUGUGUGUCUGUUCGGGAUCGCAUGGUGCCUCCUCCACCUCCGCCUCAUCACCUAUAUGCAAAAGCCAACAGUUCAUCUUCCAUCUUCUUACAAUGGGGAAAGCCAGCUUUUACUGCUGCAGCAAUGAUCAACUAUACUGUCCGCUGCAACCCUGUGGGACUGCAGAAUGCUUCUCUUGUCAUGUACCUUCAGACAUCAGAAACACACAUGCUAGUUCAUGGUCUACAACCAUUCACCAAGUAUGAGUUUGCUGUGCGUCUUCAUGUAGACCAACUCUCCAGCCCCUGGAGCCCUGUGGUUUAUCAGCUUACAUUGCCAGAAGCUCCGGUCAAUCCACCUUCAAGUGUAAAAGUCACAUUAAUAGAAGAAGGAACUGCUCUAAUUUCUUGGAAACCCCCGGAAGAUACCAACACUGCUAUCACCCGUUACACCAUCCUUUAUGCUUCUAGAAAGGCCUGGAUUGCUGGCGAGUGGCAAAUGCUUCAUAGGGAAGGAACAAUUACUAUGGCUUUGCUGGAGAACCUCCUUCCAGGAAAUGUCUAUCUCAUUCAAAUAUCUGCAUCUAAUGAAGUAGGACAAGGACCCUUUUCAAACGCUAUAGAGCUAGCAAUCCCUGUGAAGGAAACCAUAUACUUCAGCCAGGGACCUAAGUGGUCUGACUCUCGCAACAGUGGAGAUGCCAAAGUAAACUCUGAUGUAUUUUACCACUUGGACCAAAAGUCAAUGACUGGAAUUAUCGUUGGAGUUUGCAUAGCCCUAACUUGUAUCAUCAUCUGCGUUCUUAUCCUCCUUUAUCGAAGCAAAGCAAGGAAAUCUUCUGCAAUCAAGGCUGAGCAACAAGGAAAUGUACAGAUGGCACGUGUGACAAGACCACUGGUUAACACGACUCAUAUUAUUAAGAGUCAGACUGAGCAGGAAACUGUGGAAACCUUAAUGCCAAUGAUGCCUGAAAAUAUCUUUUUGGAUACCAAGGGUGGAUCUGAUAUGAUUAUUCGGAGUUCUACUCACAUGAACAAAAAAGUGAAAAAAUGGUCAUUUUUCGGGUCGACGAGAAAAUCAGUGAAGAUGCACACAGAGAAGCAGCAGCCAGUAAGAAGACAUGGACGAGGCAUUAGUUCUUACCAGCUGACUGGCUUGAUCUGCGAAGAAUCGGGUGCCUCAAUACUCGCUCCACCGACAUCAUUGCGGGCUGUGUUCGGCACUGCAGGAGAUGCAGAAUAUUCUCAUAACAGUGAUGGAAGUCAUGAAACUGGAGAUUCGGGCAGAUACUCGCAUGAUUCUAGGGAGGAAAUGGAAAUGGCUCACCUUUCUUCUGUCACAUGUACUACACCUACCUUCUUGGGACCAUUUAUCCAGGCAGAAACGGCCAAUGUUCCUGUCCCGUCUACCUCCGAGGAAGCUCAAUGCCUGUUGAUUGGUUCUCCUUCUGCUACCUCAGACCUAUUGGCAUCACCUGAAGUAUGUCAAAUACCACCUUCAAAAACUGUCAAGGAAAAUACUGACAGUGAGUUUCCAGUUUGAAUUAGCCGAUCCAGUUUGACUGUAAUUUAUCUGUACUAUGGACAAUGUGCAGUGAGCCAAAGAACAUUCUGGAUUGGAAAUCUGGGUUGUUUUUAAAUCACUCCAGGUUCUUACAUGUUUUUGUUUUAUGAAUGUUACAUUUUUUUGUGUACCCACCAUGAAUGUCUGUAUGUCAAAAAUGUGAAAAGGAUCGUUGCAUUUCUUUUGAUUUUAUAUUGAAAGGUAUAUCACUGGAGCAGAAACAAUAUUUCAGGCUUUCUGCUUAAAAAAAAUCUACCUCAAUGUACCUGAUGGUAAACUCCAGUAUUUAACAGAUAUUUGAUUCCAUCAUCUAAUAGCUGAUACUUCCUUUAAAAUAUGUCUUUUUGCUGAAAGAAAUGUUUGUUGAUGUUCUGCUGUGAUUUAGGGGUUGUAAGGGCAUUGCCAUGAGAGUGUUUAACUAAAGCUCUGUUUACGUGAAUAAGUAUCAUUCUAAAUGAGCCCCAAAUGCAGCACCUUUUCGAGCUGAAGUUGUCUUGAUUCACAUGUCCUUUAAUUAUUUCUGUAUAUAAGGUAAAGAAAUGGUCCAGUCAUAUGUUUGAGCAUAUUUAAAUCACAGUCCCAAUCUAUGAAACUUAAUAUGAUCGCUUUUCACAGCUGUUUGCGCAUAAUACAGAUUUACAUAGAGCUGUGAGAAGUGUAAAGUAUGUUUGAUCAAAAGGAAGAGGAAAUGCUGUCAUUUGAAUGAUUUGGAACAGAAGAGAUGAACAUCUAUGCAGUAUAACAUCCAUGUGCUGAGUAACUUUGCCUGUGCAGCUAAUUUGAAAGGCAUCUAAACUAUGAAGUGAUGCUCAACAAACAGAAUGAAUGAAUUUUUACCCAAUCUGAGCCCAAAUGUUUCGGUUCAUUUCAGUUUUACUGAAUAUCUGUUAGGAAGUGCAACAGCCAAAGUGAAGCAGGCUAGGAUAAAUGAGGAUGAUUACUGAGAUGCUUCCUAUUCCUAGAAAGUGGAGAGUACAGUGCAGCGGGAGAGAAAUAGCUUUUGCAGUGACUUGUAUCCAUUGCCUGCCUGUCCUUGUUGAAUUCUGAUUUAAUGCAUUAUAUUAAAUACUCUUAGAACUAAUUAUAUAUGGUAAGUGCCCAUUCCAGUGUGUGCACCACAUUCGUGUGUAUACUGAAUCACAUCUAUUUCCAAAUCAUUUAUUUUUGGACAACCUUUAUAGUUUACAUGAAUUUAAAAUUCCCUCCCUUUUAUCGUGGUGAUAUCUAAGAAUGUCACCUUUUAAGAGAUUAAACUGAAUUUUUAUGCAAAUAAAAUAAUUGUUCCAAGGGAAAUUCUCUAUGAUGUAGCAAUAUAUUUAAUUGGCAUGUUGAUUUCUAGUUUUGCUUCUCAGGACCAUUUCAAGUGGAUUAUUUCCUCAAACUGAUGUCCUGAAACAAUUAUGACAAGCUUCACAAAUAGAAAAAAAAUGAACUAGAAAUGCUUAUUGAUGCUGCUAGACUUAAAGGGAGAAACAUGUAGAAUUCUUUCCACUAGAUAACUUCAUUUACACCAAUAAAUAAUCUAUUGAUUAUUUGAACACAGGAUUAAUAACUGGAGUUUGAAAACAAAAAAAGCUAUUUUUUAUCUUCCCACCUCCCCAAAAAAAGUCAGUAUUCCAUAGUUAUAGCACAAAAUACUUAACUCUGUUCCCCAUAUGUGUAUGGAUUUAUUUUAUUUCAACAACCUGCCAAAAGCAAAAAACAGUAGUAACUGUAUGAUUGUAACUGUGAGAAAUAACUCAACAAUUUCAUUUAAUUAAGAUUUUUAAUUUAAGUUAGCAGAAUUCUGCCUUUUUGUUUCUAGGAUUAAGUUAUUUUAGCAUUGCUGCUUCAUAUAACCUAAAUUUAAUUUUAAUAUCUGAUUGUGUGGGGCACUGAGUUACUACUACAACUGUUAAAAUAAAAUGAUAAGCUUUAAUUGGCUGUACUGUGGACUGAGAGAGAGAGUGGUGUUCAAUUACUGUAUUCCUGUUUGUAAACAGAACUCUACUACAAUUCCGUUGAGAAUUUUUCAUCCCCUAAUAAACACAACUUCAGCCUAAGGGUAUUAUAACCUGUAACUCACUUGAAGAGUUGCAAUCCAAAGACACUGAUUUGGUGCCUCACUGUGUGUUUUUAGAAUUACUUGCAUAAAACAGAGCUUUAUGAUACCAAAAAAAUGUUCAUAGGGAAUAGAAGCUGCUACUCUCAUGUGCUUUAACCUUGCAUCUCCAGUUUGAUACUACCUCUUUUAAAAACCUAUUUUAGUGUUAUUCUUUAUCUAACCUCAGGGAUCAAAUAAUUACAUUUGAACUGCCACACUGAAAUGUGUGGUGUACUGACAGGGUAUCUUGAUUUUUUUUUGAUUUUGAAGUAGUUACUGUGUAGCUUUUAAGAGUUAGAACAGAUCACUAGAAAUAUGUGCCAGUAAAUGUUCACACCAAUGUGUUGCUGAUAUAUCAAAGCUAUUUUAAAUCAAGCUUACCAAAGAAAAUGUACAUAGACUUUUUUUCCCCCUCGUGAAAUGUCUUUUUAGGCCAUUUAAUUACAAUUAAAUCUCUUGAUUUUAUGAUAGUUACUAAUCAAUCAGAAGUAGUGACUUGUAUGUGUUUGAAUAGAAAUUGAUUUUCUAACCAUAUUCCGCCUUUAAUUGGAAAACUGAUUUGAGGAAGAAACUAUAUUGAUGUGUAAACUCCCAAGUUCAUCCUUUACUAAAAAAGUAUAGAAUUACAUUGAAUAGAUUUCCAAUACUUUUAUGUCCGGAAUUAGUUACAAGCAAAUUCAAAUCUAUUCAAGUGUAAAGGAUGUUUGAGUUAAUGUUUUGAUGUUUGAGUUAAUUUCCUCUGUCAGCUCAUUGAAAGAUCUUUAGUACUGUCUACUGAGUACUACUUCUGGUUAACUGCACUCUGCUCUUUAUAGCGUAGAUCAGAAUUAGAGUAAUAGUCAGUUUAGCACUUGUCUUUCAGAUUAGUGUCAUCCAUAGUAUUAGGAAUCAAGGCAGUAUACCAGGGUAAGUGUUGUGUAACUGUUUCCAAAGAUUUACUUUCCUUGUUGGACCUUUUUAAAUAUAUCUUGACAGGGCACUGUGUCUAUACAGUAUCUGGAUUCAAGACCUAAGAACUGUGUCACUUUUCAUCUAACCUACACAAGUUCAUGAAUGAGAGAGAGAGAAUUUCCUUGUAGUUCCAAGUGUAAUUUAUAAAUGUGUAUUGCUCCUCAAUAUUGCCAUAAGUUGUUUAAUAUCACUGGAUACAAGAUGAUUCCCUGUUUCUCUAACUAUGAAGCUUUAUUGGAUGCUUCUGGCAUCACUAAUUGUUUAACAUUUUAAAAAGAAGAAAAUAUUUUCUUGCCCUGAUUUAGCCUAGGAUUUACUUUAAAAUGUUGCUUCCAAAGAAGUACCAAAUUUCUCUUGCGCAAACCAAAGUGAAAUACUCCAGCUGCCUGUAACACUCAGUAACUUCUUGCACAGUUCAGUUGAAUAGCAACCAUGAAAUUUACUGAGGUCUUCUGUAAAGGUGAUUCUAUAUUUUAGUGGUUGUGAUAUUUGAGGCGGCUAUUUACAACAUAUAUAUAUAUAUAAAAUAAACUGGCAGUUCUGGAGUAUGAGAGGGGAAAGAAAAGGGCCUUUUAAUAGCUUUAAAAAAGAAUCUGUUAACCAUUGUUGAGCAAUAAGAAGGUUUUGUCUCUUGCCAGUUAAGUUCCACAAGAAGGAGGAGAGUAAAUUAAAACUGUUUCCUCCUUAAUCAUUAAAUUCAGUGUUAAUAUUUUCAGUGUCAAAUACAGUUAGAUCAGCUGCCCAUAAAAACCAAAGAUUUUUUAUUCACCUUUGUGUAUCAAAAGUAGGAGUUUAGCUCUUCACUCAGAAAUAGAUUGUCUUCUCUUAAAUGAUGUUGUUUAACCAUUUGUUUUAUUUUAAUGCAGCAAAAAUGUCCACGUAAACAUCCUGAAUCAAAACCAGCGUCUUCACAUUACAUAUAGCAGUCAUUUUUGAAGUACUUUAUACAUUAAAAUUGCAGCGUACAGAAUAAACCUGACAGCCAUCAUUUGUGAUUUUUUUUAAAAGCCUUACCUGCUUCCCUGUGUUAUCAUUCCCUGAGGUGCUAUAUGUGGUUCAGUGCAUGAAUGAUGAAAUUGUCACUGCUGAACACUGCAUCUAAACGUCGAUUUUUCUUGGUUUUGAUGGUGCUGUUGGAAAUUUUAAACUUAACUGUUCACAGAAUUUUUGUUUUAAACCCAAAAUCCCAUUUGGUCAUGAUGUGGAAUUGCCAUUAACUGUUUAGAAUUUCCAAUUCAUUUCAUCAGAGCAAGUCUAAAAUUUUGGACCACCGCAGUAUUCCUUAUGCACCCUCAACCCACUUCUGUUCAGCUUUGUAUUUGAAAAAUAGUCAUUCAGUUUCAGGUGAGCACCAAUCAAGGCAAAGCCCACUCCCACAAUCCAUGACAUGACCCUUGCUGUUACUAACAUAUCCAGAAAAUAUUUUGUAAAUCUUGGUCAUUAGUAGGACUCGUUAUUGUGGUACCAAGGUAAGUCUUUUUGAUAGAAAUCAAGAAAUAGCCAGUCAGUAGAAAUAUAUUUGUGAUGCAAUACCUUUCUGAAAUGUAAUGUAGAGUACUUCAAAACUGAACUGCUAAGAGCUACCAGCAUAUUUUGCCAUUUUUCAAAUGGUUCAGAUAUUCUGUAGUUAGAAACUGGUUUACUGAAUGUAAUUAUAUGGUAUUGAGAAUUCAACAAACCAUAUCCUUGUUUAACUUCGUCUUGUCCGUAAACUCUGUUGCAUUGGCCUGCAUCCACAGGUGCAUCAAGUGUUAAGUUCUUUGGACUAAACAUGUUAAUUAGUGCAACUGCCUUUUUUGGGUUUAUUAUGGUGAUUUGUCUCUGAUAAAUCUGAUGCUACUGAUAUCAACCAGUUAGAAAAGGCUAGCACAAUUUUGGGAGAUAAUCCUAUCCAUUAGUUCAGUAAAGGCAGAGUCUGAUAAAUAUACUGGCCUGGUGAUGACAUUUUGCUGAGACCUUGAAAUUUGAAGUGUCACUUAAAUACAAGCAACAAAACUACUGCCAUGCUGUAAAGUAUUUGCUGAUGCUCAUUGAUCUGGAAUUGUGUGUUAAACUGUCUGAAUUUGUAUUUUCAUUUUGACUUGUUUAAGUUAUGGGACUGCUGUAGUUGGUGCUUAGAUGACAUUUAACUACAUCCACUUGUUAUGAAGGUGAUGUAGUAGUACUGAAGUGUGUCACAUAAGGACAUAUUACAUCAGUCUGGCAGAGCGGAAAAACAAAACUGUAUACCGCCUUUGCGUUGCUAUUGUAUUUUUUCUUUGAGAGAACAACAAUAAUAUGUUAGUUUUUCUUUUGAUUUAGAGCAUAAUGUUAAGAUGUGAACUAAAGGGAAGAAGUGGAAGGUCCAGUCUAAUGUAUCUCAGGUGUUCUGAACCUUCUGUCUUCAGUUGCCAAUUGUCUUGUAAAGGCCGCGUUUGUGAUCCUGCCACUGGAUGGUGGACCUGGAUUAUAUCAAAUUUUAUUUGUCUCAGGGGAUCAGCUCCACUUUGAAUCCAUUGCUGCAGGACAAUGAACGUUUGCCUUGAUUUGUGAAUGUACUUCAUUUAUGUCUUUAACUACUUUUACUGAGAAACUGUGUUUUCCUAUUUUAUAAUAGCAUUACAGUGAAUGCUGCCUAGAAUUCAGGUGCCUGAUCUGUAAUUUUGCUAAGUCAUGCCAAAAAUAUAACUAGUCUAAAAGCCAAAAUGUUUUAAAACUGUUGUAAUAUAGUCUGAAU